AUGUUCAAGUCAUUCGUUUUGGCGGCCACCUCCAUUGGCCUUGCUUCCGCCGCGGUCACUUGUGAUAAUCUAGUCGAUCACCUCUCGUUCGAGGGUGUCGAUGCUUCUCUGGCAUCCUGCAGCUAUCACACUGCUGGAGAGACUAUCAAGAUCGAUGGUGAUCAAAGUGUCUGCUUUUCCGAAACUCAGACUGAAAUUGAUAUGUGCAGAGUCGUUUUGACUGUUGCUACUAGCCCUACUUCUCACAACUAUGUAGAGGUUUGGCUUCCCUCAGGAAACAAUCCAUGGAACGGCAGGCUCUUGCAUACUUACAAUGGUGGUCUGGCUGGUUGCGUGGAAUACAAAGACAUGAAGUACAUGAGCUCGCUAUCAUACGCCACUGUUGGAGACAAUGGAGGCCACAACUCAACAACUGCCGAUGGAUCAAAAUUGCUCAACAACAACGAGGCAGUGAUUGACCUCUCAUACCGCUCAAGACAUCUUGCUGUUGUUGCUGCGAAGCAGGUCAUCAAACAGUACUACGAUCAACCGGCUAGCUACUCCUACUACGUCGGAUGCAGCACUGGCGGUCGUCAAGGAUUGAAGUCUGCUCAAGAGUUUCCUGACGACUUCGAUGGUAUUCUUGCUGGGUCCGCUGCUGCUGACUUCAACCAUCUUUCAGACUGGACUUCCAGGUUCUUACUGAUCACUGGGUUUGGCAAGGACUCCAGAGCUCUUUCUAAGGAUCAAUGGGUCCAUGUUCACGAGGAGAUUCUCAGACAAUGCGAUGAGCCAUUGGAUGGCGUCGCAGAUGGCAUCAUUGAAGAUCCUACCAUCUGCGAGUUUGAUUCCUCAAAACUACGUUGCGGUACCAGUUCAGACUCUCGCUGUCUUACUCAGACUCAGAUUCAGACUGUCAACGACGUUUACUCGGAAUUGUACGAUCAGAAUGGGAACCUGCUCUACCCCUCUCUGUCGCUCGGAGCCGAAUUGGUUGCAUCUCAACAAGGCCUGUUCUCUGGUAGCGUUAUUGGCAAUGCUGCAAACUGGAUUGCUAAUGCAGUAUACAACAACAGCUAUUGGGACCCUACCACUUUGGGGCAGGAUACCUACACCAAGGCCGACGAGACAGAUGUCCUGCACGGAAACAUCUCGACCUGGAACGGCGAUCUCAGCAACUUCCGCGAGGCUGGCGGCAAAUUGAUGAUGUACCACGGUCUCGCCGAUCCCAACAUCGCCGGCGAGAAUUCCCAACGCUACUACCUCCAUGUUGCCAAAACUAUGGGCGCCACUGAUGGGGAGCUUGACCAAUUCUUCCGCUUCUUCCGUAUCAGCGGCGGUGAUCACUGCAGCUCUGGAGGAAUUGGCGCGUGGGAGUUUGGCCAAAUCGCUGCUGGCAGAAAUGGCCGUCACAGCGCUAUCGAUCAACUGGUGGCAUGGACUGAGAAGGGUGUUGCUCCUGACACCAUUACCGGUACAAAGUUUGUUAAUGACGACCCCAACCAGGGUGUUGCUUUUGAGCGCAGUCACUGCAAGUUCCCUUACCGCACUACCUACAAGGGACCUGACUUUGACCCCAAUAUCACCACCAGCUGGAGUUGUGAGAAAAUCAAGAACUGGCAAGAGUGCGGUCCUGGUGCGCUUCCCAGACUUUGUUAA